UUUCCUCAUGUCAGUUGAGCCUAUCCCUCUGUGCGCGUGUGCCGGUGAGGUGAUGUCCGUAUGCAAGCUGUAUGCGAAAUUAAGAAGACUGUGGACCUCAAACUGUGAAAUAACUGUCAGUCAAACUGAGCUCAACACCACCACCUAGAGGUCAGCCGUCUAAUGCCCCACCGGAGAAGUUGGAAGGGGAUUAGUUUUGAUCCUGCCACACCUACCCACUAGACACACUGGAAUUACCUUUAAAGAUUCAGUGAUCGCUCAAACUAGGGCUGGGAGUGAGAAAAGUGAAGGUGUCAAUCUUUUCGCCUCCUACCCCUCCCUUUGUGUCCUUCCCAUCAUGCUGUGCGCAAGGACUCCACAGUAGAUCUUCACACCAGAUCAGGACAACCUCCGCAAGAGCUGCAGCAGUGAACCAUGGAGGCGUCCCGCGCGGCGUACAUCGCAGCGUCCCCCACGGCUGCCCCCGCGACCUCGUCGUGCCCUCACAUGCUGCGCUUCUUCAGCGAGUACCAGAACAACCUGGUGAUCGUGGCGCACUACAACUACACGGGCAAGCUGAAGCAGGACAAGUACAAGGACGGCCUGAAGCCCGAGGCCAUCGCCUUCCUGCUGGUGUGCCUGCUAAUCGUGCUGGAGAACGCCGUGGUGCUGGCGGCGAUCUGGAAGAAUAAGAAGUUCCACCUGCCCAUGUACUACCUGCUGGGCAACCUGACGUUCUCCGACCUGCUGGCGGGCUUCACCUACAUGGUGAACAUCGUGAUGUCGGGGCCCAACACGCUCAAGCUCACGCCGCUGCUGUGGUUCCUGCGCGAGGGCGGCGUCUUCAUCACGCUGGCCGCCUCCGUAAUCAGCCUGCUGGCCAUCGCCAUCGAGCGGCACGUGACCAUGGCGCGCUUGAAGCCGUACCAGGGCGCCAAGCGGGGCCGCAUGUUCGCGCUGAUCGGGGCCAGCUGGGCGCUGUCGGUGCUGCUGGGCGUGCUGCCUAUUAUGGGAUGGAACUGCAUGGGCCGGCUGGAGCAGUGCUCCACCGUCCUGCCGCUCUACGCCAAGAGCUACAUCCUGUUCUGCGUGACCGUCUUCUCGGCCGUGCUGCUGGCCAUCGCCGCGCUCUACGGGCGCAUCUUCCGCGUGGUCAAGUCUAGCACGCGCCGGCUGGGCGGCAGCCUGCGCAAGAAGAGCCCGUCCGUGCGCCGCUCCCAGAAGUACAUGGCGCUGCUCAAGACGGUCACCAUCGUGCUGGGCGUUUUCGUGGCCUGCUGGCUGCCGCUCUUCGUGCUGCUGGUGCUGGACUUUGUGUGCCCGGCGCGGGGCUGCCGCGUGCUCCUCAAGGCCGACUACUUCCUGGGCGUGGCCAUGGUCAACUCGCUGCUCAACCCGGUCAUCUACACGCUGACCAGCAAGGACAUGCGGCGGGCCAUCCUGCGGCUGCUCUGCCGCCGCUGCCUGAUGACCAAGGACGGCCGGGUCAAGAAGCUGGCCAUGCCCUUCCUGGAGUGCAGCUUCAGCAAGACGGACGUGGCCUCGCACCGCUUGGAGGGCAUGGAGACCACCAUCUCGUCAGGGAACGUCACGCCCUCACCCAUUAAGGCCAUCCACCCCAAGCUCUUCAUCAGCAAGUCCUAAAGAGAGGGGGCUCAGUCUCCCCUCUAGGGCAGAAGACUGUUCCUUAAUAAGUCCUAAAGAGAAGGGGACUCAGUCUUCUCUCAAGGGCAGAAGUGUUCAGUUUGGCUGGUGCACCUGACUAAGACCGUGUUUGCACCAUGCCAGUGCAAGAAUGCAGAGCAGAGCAGCUCUGCAUGGCCUCCAAGGUGAUGCCAUUUUAGAGGCAAUCUGUCACAUGUACUCUAGCAACUGAAGAAAGAGCAGGGAAAGAAAUCACUUCCUUUUGGAGUUUUUUUUUACAAACUGAUGAAAUACCACUUUACCUGAUGACAGAGUAAUGUCAUUAUAGAGCAUGGACUGAGACAGAGAAAAUUAUACUUUUUUACAUGGACAACUUAUGCCUUAUUCUGCAUUUCAUGUUUGCACUAAACCUCUUAUCUCUAACGUCAAGACUUUUUACCCUCUCUUCCUGUAAAUGAGUUAGUCUUCCUCUACAAACGACCCUUUCUCUUCAUUUCUCGUGCUUUGUAUUUUUCUCAAGACGGAGCUUUGAUUACGUUCUUGAAUAUGUGGUACCCCUGGACGUCGCUGGCUCGAUGUCCCGGGCCACAGCAGACUGUGGUUGUAGAUAACCUACUGUGACAGACUGUGAAGUGAAUUCCUCGGCAGCGGUUUGCACACAGUCGGCCGCUCAUUGGACACAAAGGCAGGAACUGUGUGGCGGAGUGAAAACGUUCCGCCACGGGCGCCCUCGCCUCGCAGCUCUGCCCAGACAGGCACUGUGGACGCAAGCAGCAGUGGAGUUUCGGAAGAGUGGCGAGGGCUUGAUAGCACAAGUGUGAUUUUAAAAAAAAAAUAAAAAAUCUAAUUGUGCCUUUCACAAUGCAUGGUCUACUUUUUUCAGAAAGCGUACAUUUCAAAAAGCAUAAAUUUCAUUGUGUUGUAAGAGGAUUGAUCAGUUGCUUGUAGAGCUCCUCAAAAGACGUUAAGACCACAGUUUGUAACAGUCUGGCUUAACUGAAUUGAACAUAGAUGGAAAAAAUGUUGUAUUGGCAGGUUUCAAAUGUAGUAAUUAGAUUUAUUGCCACCACUGCAUAAACAAAGACGGUAGAUGGUAUUUAUCAUAAUAAUAAGAAAGUGUGCACAUCUAUAAAGGAACAAAUAUAUAUUGGGCCAACAAAUUCUUGCCAUUUUAAAAUAUUACCCUAGACUCGUGGUAUAGUUCAAAAACAGUUUAUGAAAGUAGUUCUGGUUUGUCUUCCAAUGGAUCUAAAUGCAUUGUGGCUUUAAUGCAAAUUCUCUGUGAAAGAUAUUAUUUCAUAUUAAUUGUGUGUAUAUGUAUUAUAUUUUUUUUGAAUAAAAGAAUGUCAUAACAUUUUUUGAUACAGUUGACC